UUUGUUUAAUCUAAAUCGAUUUUAGUUUAUACAUUACUACUCUAAAUUAUUAAUUACGGAAUAGACAGUUCAGUAAACAGUAGAUUAUCUAUUUAAGUGUGCUAUGAUGGCUUAUGUGCCGAGAGGAUUUUUUGCAAGACUUGCAAUUGAUAAAAGUCGGAACGAUGAACACCUCGCCAACUGUAAUAUGUCCAACUGGUAUUCGUUAUCAAAGCCGCCGGAGAAAUAUGCAGAUAGGUUCAUAGAUAUGCGUCAACCUGACGAAAUCACCCUGAGCUGGUUGGAAAGAUCGAAAGAAAUAUCUAGUAAAUUAUUAUUACAAUUGUGGCAUUUACUAGCUAAAGCUAUUUUAAGUGUGUUCAUGACGCAAACAGACGUAAACGGAUUACUUCGGAGAGGGUCCAUGUUCAUUCUUUCUGAGCUUCAGUUUCAACAUCUGCUACUAAAAGGAGGAACAAAAGAAUCACUAAAACAAUCCUCAGAAAUAAAUGUUUUAGACAUUGGCGCCGGAGAUGGUGAAGUAACAAUCAGACUUGUUAAAGCAAUAAGAAAUAUAUUCCCGUCAAGUAUAACUAAGUUGUUUGCCACAGAGUCUAGUUGGAUUAUGAGAUCAAGACUGAGUCAAAAGCAAAUUUUUGUUAUGGAUGAUAUCAAUCACAUGUCGGAUGUGGACAUUGUUUCAUGUCUCAACGUACUGGAUAGAUGCAUUGACCCGCAUCAGAUUCUACAUGAUAUUUAUAAUGUUUUGGCACCUAACGGAAGGCUGCUUCUUGCUUUGGUGCUUCCUUACAGCCAUUAUGUGGAAAAAAAUUCUAGUCAUUUACCAUUGAAACCGUUGAUGGAACACUGGCCAACAUCCCAAUGCCUGCCAAUAGAAAGAGAGAUUGAGUAUUUCUUCGAAGCACUCGAGAAUGUUGGUUUCAAAAUUGUAGUUUGGACUAAAGCUCCUUAUUUAUGCGAAGGCGAUUUAAAGCAAUCAUAUUAUUGGUUAGAUGAUAUUGUUGUAGUUUGUUCAAAGUAAAACUGUGUUUAGGAGCAAAUUCGGCAAAACUGUUUAAGCUUCAGCACAGAUUAAAAAAUGUUUUUUUAGACCUGUUUUAUUAUUGUAUACGAAAACAUUUUGUGGAAUAUAGCAUUCGUCGUAUAUCACAUCUCACAUGUAGAUUCAUAGCAUAGCAUAGACAA